AUGGCGAGCAAUCAACUAGAAGUUAAGCCGUUGCAUUCUGGCCCGGAAGAUGGCUGGCAUGGGAUCGUGGCGCCCGGGUCGCGUUUCGCCCCGGAGUCCGGUCGAUACCACCUUUACAUUGGCUAUUUCUGCCCCUUUGCCCAUCGAGCCAACUUAGUGCGCGUCUUGAAAAAGCUCGACUCGGCAAUCGAUAUAUCGGUCGUAAAGGCCUAUCCGAAAGGCGAAACCGGCUGGUCAUUCCCUGGAGCUAACGGUCCUGACGAUACCUACGAAGGCUCGACCCCGGACAAACUAUUCGGAUCAAAGUACCUCAAUGAACUUUACUUCAGAGCGGAUAAAGAUUAUAAGGGGAAGUACAGCGUCCCUCUCCUUUGGGACACCAAGGAAAAUACUGCCGUGAACAACGAAAGCCUGGAGUUGUUGCGAUUGUUGCAGACAGGAUUCAAUGAGAUAUUGCCCGAGGGAAGCCCAGAGAGGAACCUCGAUCUCUAUCCAGAACAUCUGCGAGCGAAGAUCGACGAAGUCACCAAAUGGAUGACAAGAGACUUCAACAGUGGCGUCUACAAGGCAGGAUUCGCAAGGGAUCAAGAGACAUAUGAGAAGGGAGUCAUACCUGUAUUUGCGGCUUUGAAUCAAUUGGAGCUAUUGAUUCACAAGAAUGGUGGACCAUAUGUCCUCGGCAAAGAGCUCACGGAACUGGAUAUCUUGGCGUACGUGUCGGCGAUUCGAUUUGACGCCGCCUACGUACAGCACUUUAAGUGCAAUCUCGGUACCAUCCGAGGCAACUACCCUGUCAUCCAUGAGUGGCUGAAGAACCUGUACUGGAACGUGAAAGGGUUCCGCGAAACGACCAAAUUCAAACACAUCAAAGAGAACUACACUAAAAGUCACCAUGAUAUCAACCCUCUUGCGAUUACGCCACUAGGUCCUUUUCCAGAUAUCGAAUCCGGAGUCAAUCUCGACUUCAAUAGUAUCAAGCCUGGCGCCAUAUCAUACCCCGCAGUUCUUCAGCACCAGCAAACCCUCCCUAGUGUCUGA